UUUUAGAGCGCUCAGACUACAAAAAGUGCAAGAAAUGUUUAAGGGUUUAUUAUUAUUAUGAACAGCAGAGGUCACAUAAUACCAUUUUACUGAAAUUUAUACAGGAAAGAUUAUUCGACACAUAAGAAUUCAACUAAAUUUAGAUAAAUCAAGCAGAACUUUGACAGCAAGAUUAAAUAAUAGUAAAUGCAGUAAUGACAGAUUGGUUACAUUGUAAUACCUGUUUCCGACAGCCUGGUGAGGGUAUUGGUUUUAGUCUGACAAACUGUGGUCACAUAUACUGUGAAAAAUGUUCUAGAGUUGCAUGCAAUGAAAGAUGUUCUAUGUGUGGAAGUGUGUGUGAUAAGAUCACUCUCUCAGGCAGAAUGAAACCAGAAGUAGAAAUGUUUUUUACAAGCCCAACAGAUAUGCACAAAAAUGACUCCAAAAAGUUUUACCAGGUGAUGGAGUUUCAAGACAGUCACAGAAGAAGAUUUGUUAAUCACCUGAAAGAUAAGAUAGCUAAAAUGGAAAAGUUUAUACAAAAUGCACAGAGGAUUAUUUCACAAUAUCAAGAUAUGGAAAGAGAAUUAUCAAAAACAAAAGAGGAGAAUUUAUAUCUAAAGAGACUGAUGACUGAAAAGGGUUUAUCUGGACAUGGAAGGCAAAUGACUCCAGGAAAGUACAGUCCAGUAUCUAGAGGCUCACCAGGCUUUAUGCAGUCUUUCCAAUCAUCCAGUAGUUCAGGAAAAGUAUCUUUCACACCACCUAGUGGCAGAAGGGGUUCACCAGCCUUUCAUCAACAAAGUUCCACUCAUAGCUCAAUAGCUCCAGGAAGAUUAUCUGUUCGUACACCUCCAUCAGGAGGGAAAAUAGGUACAGUGCCUGGGACACCUCAAUCAGCAUCAAUACCAAUACCUCAUACACCUAAGUCAGUACCUCAUCCAAUAUCACUUAAAGAUUGGCAGUUAACACCAGAUUGAAAAUACUUAAGGUUCCUUAGAGCAUUUACACAGCGAUGACAGAUUUUAAACUUUUGCAAUAAUUUAAAUAUAUUAUGUUUACAUGACAUGUACCUUAUCAAAAAAUUGUUAAAUUGA